AUGUCUCUGAUAAAUUCCACCGUCGAGUCGAAUGGGAUGCAUACGAGUACACGAUGCCUGAGACGGUCUGAGAUCAGGAUGCGAUCGUUGAUCGGAUGGUUCAGAAACAUGUUUUUCACGCUUAUUGACACAGUACUGAUCAGCACCAGCUAUUCGAUAGCCUACACUCGAAUAAUCGAGGUCGAAUGCAAAGACGACGAUCUACGUGCCAACAGCCUGGCGGACCCUUUGUGUGACGUCAGGAAACGAAAACUCUUAAAAGCCCGACGCGGCCCGGACUACAUCUGGCCUUCCUCGCCAGCGCACAACUUGUCCAACGACCUUCAGCGACUAUUCUCUCGAGUAGGGCACGAAAACUACGAUCUUGCAGCUCUCGUUCUGGUAUCUUCUGGUAUCCACCUGUCUCUCGAGUCAAUCUCCGCCAUGAACCCGAUCAGGAAACCUGGAUCCCUGAUUUGGCCGACAGAAGUUCCCAUUUUGGUUGACGACACUUACUUCAAGAUGUAUGAUAUGUUCAGGACUUUGGUGGCCGUGAAGCUUGAAGCGUUAAUUUCAACAAGACCUAGAUCGGUGAGGAUCGCAUGA